AUGAAGAUCACCGCUGCCAUCGUCUCUUCCCUCGCCGGCAGCGCCGCCGCGUUUGACAAGAACCAGCCAUGGGGAAAACGCGACUGCCCCCGCAUCAACGUCUUCCAAGGCCUCCCCGAUAAUGCAACAGUGAGUCUCGGCGACAAGAUUGAGUUCCGCUGGAAUCGCAACCCGACAGGCCACUGCCCUGAUCCUCUGUGCGAGUAUCCUGGCAGUGACUACAAGAUCGUGAUUUAUAACAACCCCCAGCCUGGCCCCAACGGGGUCAAUGCUGAGCAGACAGAGGAGGAUGGAAAAUUCAGGGCCCAGAUCCCGAAGUCACUACCAGUUGUCAAGGAUGACUCGCUGUGGUAUUUGCGGAUCGAGACUGUUUUGGAGACGGCGCCGCAGAUGCCGACCUUGUUCAUUGCGGCUGGUCCUUUUACCGUCAAGAACUACUAG